ACUGUCGUUUUAGUAAUAAAGCAUUAAUUAAGAUUGCAGAUACAUAUUCAAACUUAGAAUAUCUUAAUAUCCGUAAUAAUGAUUUACUUACUGAUGCAUCUGUAUGUAGAGUUUCAGAUAAAUGCCAUAAUUUAAAAUACUUUAGAAUAUAUAGCUAUCAACUUUUAGAUAAAUCUAUCAGUACAAUACCACAAUCAUAUCAUAACUUGGAAGAAUUCCAUUUUCACGGUUCCAAAAGUAUCACUAAUCAGACAAUAAAUGAAUUAGGAAAGUCAUGUCCAAAAUUAAGAUAUCUCACAAUUUCGGGUUGUCCAAAUAUCAUUGACUUUAAAGCAAUUGCUCACUCUUGUCAGAAUCUAGAAUAUCUUGAUGUCUUCAGAUGUAGUAUAUCUGACGAAUCCAUUUGUGAUAUUAUUUAUCAUUACCAGAAACUCAAGUAUCUUGAUAUAUCAGGUUGUCAGAUUACCAAACUAGGUAUUUAUUCAGAUA